CGGACCGUUCGCCCUAGUCACCAAAUACGCAGAAGGCAGAACCCAGUGGACUGUAGUCUGUAGAAGGCGAGGAAGGGAAUAUUUCCACGCGAAAUCCACCACGAUGAGCGGCGGCGGCCGGAAGCCGGUGGGCGACGAUGCGGAGGUGGAAGCGCUGCUCCGGGCGGCGCAGGACGCCGUGCUCCUAAAGCUCCAGGCCAACUCCCACCUCGUCUCGUCGUCGUUCUCCGCCGCUUCGAACCCUCUUGCACUGGACGAGGGGCCCGGUCCACUGGACGACGACCUCGCCCGCCGCCUCGACGCGCUCAGGUCCCGCCCGCCGGCGCCGAAGCGGCCAGGUGCUGCCCCCGCCCCUACAGCCGGCGGGAUGGACGAGAUGGAGGCACGGUUCGCGGCGCUGAAAGGCGCGGCGGUUUGCCCUGAGAAGGAGACGAGGGUGCGGCUGGAGGAUCUGGGAGGGGAAUCGGACGAGGAGGACGAGGUGGAGAAGGUGAUGCGGUGGGCGAUGGACGCCGCGCGGCUCGACGUCGCCACUGCCGGCAGUGGUGCCAGCAACGCCGAGGAGAAGGAAGAGGGAGACAAGAGCAGCACGAGUAGCGAGGACGAGGAAGAGAGACUGGAACUGGAGGAGAAGAGGAAGGAGAUGAUGAGCAAGAAGAACAAGGCUAAGAGCAGGUGGUUCUUCUUUUGAUCUUAAAUGUACGUUUGAUCUCAUAUCAUCACAAGCAAUACAUGUGUGUUUGAUCUCAUGAUCACAAGCAAAGAAUCCAGCAAGUGAAUCCAAUCAGAUUAUCUGUAAGGGAGAUUAUGAGCUUGCAUUGCUAUCGCUGUGAUGAACAUAAGAACUUGUGCAAUUGCUAUUGAUAUUUCCUGAUAGAAAGUCUUUGAAAAGAUUUUAAAACCGAUUAUGUUCUUUCCAA